UAACUGGUGACCUGGUCGUUCUAAGGCAAGCAGCGUAUAGAAAGAGGCAAGAUGGCGAAACAGGGAAUUCGAUGUGUUAUAGUGAUACAAGGUAUAAGUCCGUUGUCGAAUGAUAUUUGUAAUAAAACAGAUUUAAUUAAAUACAUUUAUAUGCAUUUAUAUGCAUUUCUAGAAAGACUAUAAGAUCUUAUUGCUCAAUUUCUGUAGUCACUGACAAGCCAAAGUAGCGACUUAUGUAGAGAGACUUGCGCUCUCAUAUUCUAUGGACAGAAGUUUUUCAGAACAUUGAUUAGGCCAUAUGAAAUAAAUUCCUUGAUUCUCAUCACCGCCCGACGAUAUUUUGGUUUCCGCGUUGAUAUAUUUUUGUAUUUUGUUAUAAAAUAUAAAUUUACCGCCCGACCGAACAUCUUCAGAGAUUUAGUUAUUUUUAUAUUUUAUAUUGGAAUUUUUGCGAUAUAAAAUUGUUUUGCCGUUAAUAUUGCAACAUGUUAAGGGAUGCUUGGAAUACUGAAGGGAAAAAUGGGCUUAUAGCCUUAUUACAACGAUUUGUGUGGCCCUUAUGCAUGUUCAUUAGCGCAUGUGCAAUUAUCCACUUAUAUAGCGUUCUUCUAUAAUAUAUUUAAGGGCAAAUAUAAAAAGACCUCCCUCUCCAAUUUUUUAAAUUUUAAACUUUGUUUUUAUAUUUUGACAUAAAAUAUAAAAUAUAAACCUCCCGCCUCCUGGGAGUUUUUAAAAUUUAGCGAUGAGAAUCAAGGAAUUUAUUUUAUAUGGCCUUAGGGCCCGGUCAUUAUUUGUGGUGGGGGGUGGCACCGAAGAGAAAUGUUUUUUGUGGCGAAAAUUUUGGUGACCCAACCAUUAAAAAGUCAAAAAUUUGAUUACCCAACCUCAAGUAUCAAUUAAAAAAUAAAUACCCACCCCUGGACAAAAACUUUACAAAAGGAUACCAUUCAGUUGUCACACAUGUCCUUUACCACUUCAAUGACAUGAGUUUGAUAACGGCUUGUGAAAUUUUCAGCAAUCUAAAGUUUCAUAUUGUCUGCAUAUGUAGUUUCUUUGGAGACACCAUUUGUCUCCUGACAAAUUGGAAAAUGAUUAAGAUAUAUAUAAAUGACUCUGAUUGAUUCACAUAUGGUAUUUACGUAUGACUGUUGACAUUGCUUUUUAGUCUCCAAUAUUUCAGUGAGUCAUGCUUUGGAAAUGACAAUAAGUUUUUUGUUACCCAACCCUUGAGUUGUUUUGUUUUUCAUUUACCCAACCUUUUACUUACUCAAAAUUUUGUUUACCCAACCCUUUUCUCUUCGGUGCAUGCCACCCCGCGCCAUAAAUAAUGACUGGUCCCUUAGUUAGAUUUUGUUAGGAAAAUCCGAGUUUUUUAUGCCAAACGGAGGUAGGAAUGUUUGAAUAGAGUCGUUCGACGUUCAAAUCGCCCGAAACUUAAACCAGUUGGAAAUUGAGGUGAAAUUAAACUAGAGGUAAAUGGACCAUUUGCAUUAUAGGCUAAAUUUUGAUUUAAACUAGUCUAGACAAAAAUUUCAUCACAGCUUGAAAGAGCAUCACAAAAUUAGUAGCUAAUAUUCCAAACUUUCGUUGCGACAUGUUGUAAAAUGCGGAUAAUAAUUAUAGCCUUGCGAAAUUUGCCGUUUUUCGGUCAGUUUGUAUUACAAACGGGAAAUUGACAGUCCCAAAGGGUAUUGGGCUGUCAAUUUAAAUUCGCCCGCGUAAUGUAAAAUGACUGAAAAACGGCAAACUUCGCAAGGCUAUAUUAUCCGCAUUUUAAAACAUUUCGCAACGAAACUUUGGAAUAUUCCUACUUUUGUGAUGCUCUUUCAAGCUGUGACGAAAUUUUUGUCUAGACUUGUUACGUUUAGAUCAAAAUUUGGUCUAUAAUGGAAAUGGUCCAAUUAGGGAUAUUCAACUCCACACGCAUCUCGGCUUAGAAAGCCGGCCCUUAGAAAUUUCUGUCAGACUUAAUUGCCUAUAUUUGUAUGUGUUGCAAAAUAAAUGUGGAAUUCAGACUCAAACAAGUGGAAAGCUAAAAAAAGUGAGCUCUCGAGCGAAUCAGACAUUAAUAAAUUCACUUAUUAAACAGCGUAGCCAUGGCUUAAAAAAUCAUACAAAACACAACUCCAUGCAAAUACACAGCAUAAGGUUUUGUUUCUCUUAAGGCCCUGUUACACGGUGCAAUUUUCAUGCAACUUGUCUCGCAAUGUUUAAAAAAAGAUUUUGAUUAGUAAUGCAUUGCAAGAGGUGUUACACGCUGCAAUGAUUUUCAUGCAACUCGCAACGAUAGGGGACAGGAGCAUGCGAAGAGACUAGGGAAAGGCGCCAUUUGGCGCCAAAUUUUAAUUAAAGUAAAGCGUGUACUAGGGAGAGGCAAUAGGAACUCUCCAAGCUACAAACAUAUUGCGAGACAAGUUGCACGAAACCAUGUUACACGCUGCAAUCGGCUAAAAAUAAUUAGUGCAAUCGUUGCCAAAAGUAGAACCGACUUCUACUUUGUGCAAUGCUUCAUGCAACUUGUCUCGAAAAAAUUUUGACCAUUGCAAGGCAUGUUAAACGGUGCAAUGACUCGUGCAACUUGUCUCGCAACAGGGCCUUUACUGACACUAAAAUGUGUCUAAUUGUAGGAAAUUUUUCUACAUUUUAGCGGUCUUUGCCGUACUAAGUGCUGCAGUUUCUAUGAUUUCAGCAUAGUCUGUCAAGAUAUGAUGGUCUGGGAGCCCAGCAAACUUCAAAGCUACAAAAUAGAAGGCCUUUUUUUAAUGUUGAACUGUACCUCACCGUGUACAAAUCAUUUGCCUCAACUUCAUUAAAUAUUAUCAAUCAUGGUUGCAAGUUUCAUGCAUCUCAGCUAUCUUUAUUGGACAAUUACUUCAUUAUACAAAACUACAAUGAGCAUAAUCACCGUGAUCGUGCGCAAUUUAACAUAAACUCAAACAAAAACAUAAUACAAUGACUUCUGCUUAGUUUCCAGACCAUCAUAUCAUGAUAAACUAUGAUUUCAAUAAAACAAAUUUUAUGAGAAAAAUGUACACUAUAUAUGAGAAAACCAUAGCUUACCCAAACUUUUUUCAAGUCUGAAUCUUGUUCUGCGCGCGAUAACAGACCGGCUGAUCUCAGUGCCCCUGGAGCGGCGGAAGCUUUCACAAUACUUGCGUAAUACUUUCACUUCGUAUGAUCGUAUCACUCAGUGUUUCUUUAUAUAAUAAGGAAUUACGUAUAGUAUUUUUAAUAAUUCCAUGACACGCAAUCACCAAAAUAUAUUAACGAACAUUGUAAGCAAAAUGUAGCUUUCUCAGUCUUUAUAAUAAUAUACACUUGAUGCCUGCUCCAAAGGGAAUUAGUUAGUUUUGUUUUCCCGAGAAUCUCGAUGUUUCCCGACUAACGAAGUCAUGGGUACUGAGUUAUUGUACUGGGGCAUGUUGUUCAAAGCUGGAUUAGCGCUAACUCUGGGUUAAAAUUUAACCUGCUGUUUUAGUUUGGGUACAUUAAUUUUGCAUGCACAUCUGUUUACUUCAUGAUUUUGGAACAUAAAACUUAUAGUGAUCCAGAUGGCUUUGAAAUUUGAGGUAACCUAGGAUUAAGCUAACCGACUUUUGAACAGCCGGUUCCUGUACAAUCCUGUACAGAGUGUUUCAACCAGUUUUCUUUUGCUUUAGGUAAUUCAACAAAUCAAGGAUAUAUAUCUCGAUAUAAAGCAAUGAAUUCAGCUGCCAAGUUAAAUCCUGCUUUCUUAUACAUUUUAUCCAUCUUAAGAGAAACAGCAAAUUUGAUUUUCUCUGAAAAGAGUUGUUGUGAGACAGCUAUUCGUUUGGUUGAAAUAGUUGAUAUCCAGUGUAUCCAAGCCAAUGGCACCGCGGUAGCUCUCAGCAAAGACGAACUUAUUAUUUUCAAACAAGUAAGUCCAACAAAUCCAAUUAAUAUACAAGAACGUAAUCACCCUCUACGUCAAAUAUGACAUAAUUUCAUGCUUCCGUGGCACAAAAUUAGCUUCUGAUUGGACACUAUGAAUUUGAAGUAUAAUAUUAACAUAAAUUACAUUUGUUCUCUAAGUAUUAAUGAAAAUUCACACUAGCUUGUGUUAGGCGAAUAUUCUGGAUACCGUGCACCUUUGAUUCAAUUAGAGAGGUUAAGAUACCCCGGUUUACGGGUACGAGUGAUAUACACAUACCCGUACCCGUAAAUCGGGGAACGACUUGUAACUUAAGAAAUCUAAAAUGUUCCGGCGUGAGAAAACCGAUCAGAGAAUGGUAACUUUCGCUCUUGAGGUUGGCCAUAAACUUUUGAAAACUUUGACGAACAUAUGCUCAUUAUUUAUUUGGUUUAGCGCGGGGAAAUAGGUAGAAACUACGGGUGAAUAUGCUGACAUCAGCAAAAAUUGGUAAACGAAAUGGCGAUACUAGCUCGUACCCGUAGACCGGAACAGGGGUAUCUUAACCUCUCUAAUACCUGUCCAGAACCGUGUAAUUGUCUACACUGAAAAUGGUCACUUUUAACAUACUCCAAUUCAGUUAUUAAAAAAUAAUAAAAGACGUUUUAAGGUAAUUCCACAGUUUUGCAUUGCGCACUUUUACUGCGCACAUCUUACAACUUAUAAUUUCAUCCAUUAUACGUACC